AUCGAGAACGAGUCUACGUUCAACGUGUGUGAUGAUUAGUUACUCAGAAAUAGCGGCAGCGCUGAAACUCUUUGCAGCACACCAGCGACGGUCCAGUAAAAGACAAAUGUUUUGACCUUCAGCAUACGGGAGGGUUUACCUCUUGACGCCAAAAGAAAUACACGCUUUACAUAACUGAGUUUUGGGAAUUACCUGCGGACUAGCAAGCAAAACCUUUACAGAGAAGAUUUGGGAAGAACCGUUACCAACAACUCGAUUGGUUGUGUCCCAUAAUGGAUACAGGAGUUGUCACUGAAAAGAAAAGGGUGAGCUCGGAGCGCAGGAAGGAGAAGUCUCGCGACGCGGCACGAUGCCGGAGGGGCCAGGAGUCGGAGGUGUUCUACGAGCUAGCGCACGAGCUGCCCCUGCCUCACAAUGUCUCCUCCCACCUGGACAAGGCCUCCAUCAUGAGACUCGCCAUCAGCUUCCUGCGCAUGAGGAAGCUGCUCGACGGCGAUAAAGAGCCAGAAUCGGGACCCGAGUCGGACUUGGACUGCCAGCUGAACGGAUUUUACCUGAAGGCGCUGGAGGGCUUCUUCAUGGUGCUGUCUGAGGACGGGGACAUGGUUUACCUGUCUGAGAAUGUCAGCAAGUGCAUGGGUCUCUCCCAGCUUGACCUGACCGGCCAGAGCAUCUUCGACUAUGCGCACCCCUGUGACCAUGAGGAGAUUCGUGACAUGCUCAUACACAGAACAGGGCCCUCAAAGAAAGCGAAGGAGCCGAACACGGAGCGCAGCUUCUUCCUGCGCAUGAAAUGCACUCUUACCAGCAGAGGGCGCACCGUCAACAUCAAGUCCUCCACAUGGAAGGUGCUGCGUUGCUCGGGCCACAUCCGUAUGUAUGAGGAGAGCUGUGACAGCGGAGAGAAUGACUGUGGUCAUAAAGAGCCGCCAAUCCCAUACCUGAUUCUGAUCUGCGAGCCCAUCCCACAUCCCUCCAACAUCGAGGUCCCGCUGGACAGCAAGACCUUCCUGAGCCGCCACACCAUGGACAUGAAGUUCUCCUACUGCGACGAGAGGAUCACAGAGCUGCUUGGCUACGAGCCAGAGGAGCUGCUGGACCGCUCUGUGUAUGAGUACUACCACGCCCUGGACUCAGACCACCUCACCAAGACGCACCAUGACCUGUUUGCGAAGGGCCAGGUCACCACAGGGCAGUAUCGCCUGCUGGCUAAGAAGGGAGGCUUUGUGUGGGUGGAGACCCAGGCCACCGUGAUCUACAACAACAAGAACUCCCAGCCGCAGUGUGUCGUGUGCGUCAACUACGUGCUCAGUGGUGUGGAGGAGAGCGAGCUAGUGCUGUCCCUGCGGCAAACCAAGACCGACGUGGAGCCGGAGCCGGAGAUGGAGGGCAUUCUGGGGUCCCCGGAGGCCCUCAGCCCUGAAGCUGACAUGCUGAAGCUGUUCACCACGCAGGCGGAGGCCGAGAGGGAGGACAGCCUGUACGAUCAGCUGAAGGCCGAGCCGGAGGCCCUCACCCUGCUGGCACCCGCUGCCGGGGACACCAUAAUCUCUCUGGACUUCACCUGUCCAGACUCGGACGACCAGGUGCUGAAGGAGGUGCCCCUCUACAACGAUGUCAUGCUGCCAGCCUCCAGCGUGAAGCGGGCCCCCGGCGUGGCCCCUGGCCUCCUGAGCGGCCUGCUGGACACCAAGCACAAGCCCGGCUCCCGGGGAUUCCCCCCCGCUGUGGCUCACGCCCUGGACUGCCCUGGCUCCUCCACACCCAGCUCAGGCCACCAAACGCCCGAGCCUGGCAGUCCGAUGGGCUACUGCUUCCAGGUCGACUCCGAUCUCUCUGAGUUUAAGCUGGACCUGGUGGAGAAGGGGUUUGCCAUGGACACUGAAGCCAAGAACCAAUUUUCCUCAGAGGCCAUGGGGGACAUGGACCUGGAGAUGCUGGCCCCCUACAUCUCCAUGGACGAUGACUUCCAGCUGCGCUCGCUCUCACUGGACGAGCCCCAAGCGGAGGCCCCCGCCACGGGCAAGCAGGAAGCCCGCGCCCCCUCUCCGCUGCACCUCCUGCACGACGUGUGCACCUCCCCCACCCCCGUGCCCUUGGAACCGGCCGACGCCAAGAGGGCUCUCUCUCUGGGCAGUCUGCUUUCUCCGCCAGCCCCACAGACCACCAGGCGCAAGAGGAAGCUCCCAGACCCGCCUCUGCCCAAAGCCAGCAGACUGGGUGCUUUGCUCCUGGAAGUGGCACAUCCUGCAGCUGAGGCAGGGAAGAAGGUGAAGGUGCUGGAAAGCAGCAUGUCAGAGGCGUUCUCUUCGCACAAGACCUUCCUGCUGCUGCCUUCCGAUGUGCCGAAUCGGCUGCUGGGCUCUGGCCUUCCGCAGCUGACACGUUACGACUGCGAGGUGAACGCCCCUGUGGGGGGCCGCCAGCACCUGCUGCAGGGGGAGGAGCUUUUGCGGGCGCUGGACCAAGUCAUCUGACAGCAGCCCUGCCAAGCAGCCAAGACGGCCGCACACCCCCCCCAGUCCCCUCUAUUUAUAUUUUCUAUAUCCAGUUCUUCUACAAGUCAGCUACAGUCUUGCGCCUUAGAUGUAUGUUGAUGGGUAUUUUCUCGCCAGCAGCUCUCACCAAUAUACACAAGGUCGGUGGCCCAUGGGACCCUUCAUAUCUCCUUGAUACCGGGGCUUCUGUUCGCCUUGUACUGUAUAUCGUACAAUGAUAUUUUCUUACUGAUUAUACCAGCAGACCAUGCAAUAUAGAACAGCAGUGUUUUUUAACAAACUUUUAAUGAUUGAUCUUUUUUUUAUUUUAAUCUUUUCCCCUCCCCAUGUAGUCCUUCCUUUAUUAGUGGUACAGUAUUAAAUGUAUUAUGUCUUAAAUGUGUGGGGCCCAGUGGCAGGGGAUUGAGUGAACAGCAAGUGCUUUUGGUGUGAACGCCCGUACGUGAGCUUUAUGCGGUUUGGUUGACACGUCAAGCGUGUUUCUCAAUUUGUGCGUGAGUGCGUACGGCGUGCAAGGAUCACUCACAUUUGGAGCAUCAGAAAAUACAAAAUGGACAGAAUGGAAAUGCAAAAGGAAGUAGUCAAAUGUUAAAAAAGGAGCUGUAUUUGAAAUGGUUAAUUUCUGUCUCUUGAGUUUUGUCAUGGGACCUUGUGGCAGAUUUCUAGAUUAAUUACAAUUUAUAUUUUUAGCAGUUUCUUUCAUUAACAACUGAAUCAAGACAGUUAAAAUGUUUCGCCUGUUUAGCAUUUUAGAUCGAUCAUGCAGAGCAGUUUUGUUUUACAUCUAAGAAUGUAUGAUGCCACACUGGUUCUCACGCUUCUUUUCUGUCCCAUCCAUUUAUCAAUGCGGACAACAUGCUGCCAGUACUAGACUUGCAUUUUUAUUUUUUACUGUAGUGAAUUCUUGUUUUUAAUACAGCUGUCAUCUCUUUCAACUCUGUUAAGUCAUAUCUCUGCAGUCUGUUCAUCAAACACUAAGUGUAUCAUUUCUUUACAGUAAUAAAAAACAAAUGUGGACCAGUCCAA